AUGAUGGCCACUUGGCCAGCAUGGUUUGUCCCCAUGUCUGUUGCUGUGUUGGUGGGUGAUGUCAAUGUGUGCCCCCUCAUUGACACAGGUGCAUUGCACUCUUUCAACUUCAGCAUCCAUUUUGACAAGAGCAUGCUGGCCCUCCCUACUGGCAAGGAGACCCCAUUCAUCACCACAGUGGACAUGAAAGUGCACUACAGGGUGUUCCUUGCCAAGGACCUGGUGCUAGAGCCACUUACCAUUGUGCAGAUGCAUGUGUGGGUGGCUGAGGGCCUGGACUGA